GCCUCCCCCGCGCCCGCCCCCCGCGCCCGCGCUGCCGUCGCUGCCGCGGCGCCCCGAGCCGCCGCCGCGCUAUAAGUGCGGGAGCGGGGCGCGGCGGCCGCCGAAGAUGCACUGCUGGCCCGCGCUGCGCGGCGCCCCGCCGCGGCCGCCCUGCGCGGAGGAGGAGGACGGGGGGGGCGGCGGCGCGGGGCGGCCGCGGCCGCGGCCAUGAGCUGCUCGGACGUGGCCAUGCAGCAGCCCGGCCCGGCGGCGUGCGGGGCGCCCCGCUAUGCGCCCGGCGCCGCGGCGGCGUCUGCGUCCGCGGCGGGCUGCCCGCAGAAGAAGUUAGCUGUAUACAACAAGAUGCAGGAGUCUCUGGAAGUGACCCUUCCCAGCAAGCAAGAGGAGGAUGAGAAAGACCAGCCUGCUGAGAUGGAGUACCUUAACUCUCGCUGUGUCCUUUUCACUUACUUCCAGGGAGAUAUUGGUUCUGUAGUGGAUGAACACUUCUCAAGAGCUUUGAGCCAAGCCAGUAGCUUCAGUCCAGAAACUGCCCUUUCAAAGAGCAAGGCGGGGCUAAGUCCUCUGUGGAGAGAGAGCUCAACAGUUUCAAGCCAAAGGAGCAGUUUCCCAACUUCAUUUUGGACCAGCUCUUAUCAGCCUCCCCCUCCACCAUGCUUAAGUGGAGUACACCCCGAUUUCCCCGUUACUGCACCAGGCACCUUCCCAACACCAGAUCCCAGCAGCUGGCCAGGACACAGCCUUCAUCAGACUGCCCCACCUCCUCCCCCUGCUGCAUCCGAAUCCUGGCAUUAUCCUUUAGCAUCUCAGGUGAGCCCUUCGUAUGCACACAUGCAUGACGUAUACAUGCAUCGCCACCACCCUCAUCCACACAUGCACCAUCACCAUCCCAGCUCGCACCGCAACCCACGGUAUGGGUCCCUGCUGAUGCCUUCAGUACAUGCAGCCAGGAUUCCUGCUCCCCAGUGUGACGUGACAAAGACAGAUCCCGCUGCUGUCAGCAGCGCUACCUCAGCAUGGGCUGGAGCCUUUCAUGGAACGGUGGACAUUGUGCCAAGUUUUGGGUUUGACACAGGUCUACAGCAUCAGGACAAGAGCAAGGAAACUUCUUGGUUCUGAGGUUCAGAUAUAACUUAAGAUCAGUUAGAGCUGGAGUCACUGCAGCUGGGAGGGUGAUAUCCUUGACUCCUUCUGCAUGGGGCAAAGGACACACUAUGAAGAUGAAGAGCCAACCAUUCUGGUUUUGCUAUUGAGCCUUUUUUUUGUAAGGCCAUUUAUGGGUCCCACAGUGUUGAAGAAAAAAUCUAGCUUUUCUUUCUUUCCUCAUCUGAGCCUGCUGCAGCUGGGCAACCUAACUCCUUUCUGCUCCUUUAACAGUGUUUUGUUUUGUUCAGCUUGAUAUUUUUAUGAACAGUGUCAAUUGUCAGGAAAAAGACUCUCCCUUGACUACAGUGCGCCUCCUUUCAGGAAUACAGUAUUUUGUAGCUCUUUGUGCAUCUAUUUUUGUAGAAAUACAGAAAGUUUGGGUAAGGAUUGAUGGGCUAUUUUAGGAUGACAUAUUUUUUUAAAAAAAAUUGUAAAAUUGUUAAGUUCUGUUUAAAGAACUUGCUCUCAGAGAAGCACUGGCAAAAAAUGUAUAAAAUGCUAUUUUUAGAUGUCUGUGAUGUGUUUGUGCAUUUUGGGUUUUUUGUUUUGUUACCUCAAAUGUCUAUCUUUACCUUCUUUUUAAAGAGCUAAGCCUUCCUUGUUUCCACAUUACUAGAUUUUUGAUAUUUUUGUCCUUUUGUUCUAGCUUAAGCAAGUAUAAUUCGCACCUAAAGUUUCAGCCAAAUAUUCUUCCUCCUAUUGUUAGAUUGUAGCAAGCGUGUCUUUAUUUUCUUGCCUCUGAAGAUGGCUUUGUGCUGUGCUGAUUGUAAGAAACUUGCAAACGCCUUUAGCCUGGAGCAAAGCCUUUUGUUAUAAGAACUGCUUUUCCAAACCACUCCUUCUUUCAGAAUGGACCAAAUACUUGUGUGGAUUUAAAUGAGACAUGAGUUAGGGCCUUGCCCAUGAUCCAUUGAAGCUGAUGAACAGAAUCUCCUAUGGGUUAUGUUUCAGGCCCUCCUUCUGUAGUGAUCAUAAAUAUUGGUAUACUCAUAUUUAAACUCAUGAGGCAGGACUUUCAGCUAAGCCAUUUCAAGGGUGAUAUUUUUUAGCAUGAAUAUUCAGGAAAGAAAUGCCAGUUUUAUAAAAGUGUUUACAACUUGUGGAAACAGAAUGUUUUUUUUCAACUGGCCUGAUCUUUCUGUCAUCUGAGUACCUCACAGAAAGGACUGAAGUUUUCAACUCUUGUUGACUUCAGAAGCUGGUUACAUAACCUAAGACUUGCUGAGGGCCUUUUGAUACCCCAGCUGCAGCUCUUGAAUUUCAUAAGGAGUUGCACGUGCUCAGCGUGCACAAAAGAUGGGCUUUGCUGCUGUCUCUGGGUAGGAAUCUGAACUCGGAAACCACGUGGCUACAUCUAGCCCCAGCACUCUGCAAUAUGUUUGGGGAACACCAUUUCUGGCCUGGGCCUCAGGUCCAACGUGCAUAAUGAGGACUCUAGCGGAAGCCAGCAUGAGCCAGGUCCAGUCCUGAAUAAAGGCUGCAAUAUUACCCUGAAGAGCCCAGCCCUGCAGCAGGCUGGCAUGGGUCAGCCUGCAUGCCCAAGCCUAAUGCCUCCAGCAAGGGCACACCACAGCAGCAUGUGCUCAGGUGGGGCCGAGUGCGAGAUCAGGGCUGAAGUUGCCUGAUCCUAGCUUUCGUUUGGAAAUUGCCUUUCUGCUCUAUGCACCUUCAGUGAAUGGAUGUCUUUAGGAUCCCUCUGUAAUGUUUCACAAGGGUCUCACAGCCUAUUAUUUCUCUGCUACCACUCUUUUAAGACAUCCCUGUUUAAAAGACAAACCAGCCACAUGGGAACCAAGAGAUAACCACAUGACUGAAAUAAGGAAGAGUGCAGGCAGUGAGCAUUGUAAAUAUUGGUUUGUCAGGUGGAGAACACAUGGAUCUCUGUGUGAAUGGGAAGGGGGGAAGUGUUGGGCUGUGUGUACUGCUGAAAUUCAGGCCUCUGUCCUUGCACUCCUUUUCUCCAGGCUUUAGGGACCUGACCCAGUGAGGUGCUGAGCAUUCUCCCUUGCCAUGUGAGAUGGCUUGAAGUGCUGGCACUAGGACCAUCAGGAUUAUAACCCAAUUUGGCAAGACCCUUGAGAACAUAUCUUGAUGAUUUGAAGUCUGAGAUAGCAUAAGAAGGCUGUGCUUAAACACUGAGCUUUUUUUUUUUUUUUUUUUUUUAAAGGGGGUAGUUUCCAUGUUGGAAUGUGGAAUUAAAUGUUUUUUUGCAUCUUUUAGAUCAUUAACAUUUCUUUUUGUCAAUGAAAUUCACUCUCACUACAGUCCUAUAUGUUAUCACUGCUUUAGUGGAGCUAGUUCCUCAAUUGGUCAAUGAAUUAGUAAUGGAAUGGGAAAACCAUAUGGGAAGGUAGGUAGUAAAAGCACCCACAAUUUGUUUACUUACCAGUACAGUAUAGUUCAGGAAGUAUCUCAAGAAAGAGUUCUUGAGAUAGCUAAAAAUCAGGAAUUUCUGGCAGUAUUAGAAAUACUGGAAAAAAAGUCCAAACUUUUUUUUUUCCCCACUGGACUUGGCAAAGCUGGAAGGCAAAGAGGCAAAGCAUCCCCAAAAAAGCAAUGAGAAAAGUGGUAAUUGAACUGUCUGAACUUCAGGGACGGAGAGUUUUGGGGAGGGAGGAGAGCAAAAGAAAAUAAAAGUGUUCUUUUUGAGCUGUACUGUCUUUGAGUUCCCUAUGUAGUCUAGCAAGAGCAGCCGGUGCGUUGCCUUCCUCUUUGCAAGUUCGGAUGAUAAAGGACCUUCUCCUGUUACCCAUAGAUGUUAAUGCAGAAUCAGGGGACAGGAAAGAACCAGGCCCAAAGUUUGCACUGGAAUCCCUUUCUGGGUUGUUUUGUUGAGUUAGUGGGUAGAGGGGAUGAAUAUGUGAUGAAUCUGUUGCCUCUUUCUUCCGUCUCAAAGACUACUGUUACAUGCCCAGUUUCCACUGCUGAACUUGAGUAUGCUUAAGGAACUCUACAGGCUCUAGGAGACAAGUGCCAAUGAAAACCUGCUGUUGUCUAUAGCCAUUCAUGCACUGGUCAAUCGACUUUGAAAGUCAGAUAACUAUUUUUUUUCCUCCCUCCGUAGUAACUAACAUUCCCCUGUACUUAACAAGUGAGCUGAAAAUAAAAAUUCAAGUCCAUAGUGGUAGCCCUGAUUGUAUAGUCUAAAAUUUGAAGGACAGGAAAGAAAAAAUAUCCUUUCCUGUGACAAAUUUUUCAGUUGAAUUCAGCAGAUUUACAGCAGAUCUCUCUCACACACACUUAUACAUACACGCACAAAUGUGCUUAUGAGAAGCAGAUGCUGUGUUGGUACUGUUCUUGAAAGAGGAGAAGAGCACUCGCUCGCAACAUUGCAGUUAUGGCAUACUGAUGGCAGGGAGAAUGAAACAGAAAUGUUGAGACUGCUUAUGCUUCCAGAUAGGAAAAACAAGCCCUUAAAAGUAGGUCACAAAGAAGUCACACGUUUUAAUGCAUUACUAAUGAAGUUACUUCAUUCUUUGUGUGUGUUGAAUUCUUCUGCUGCCCCAAGAAAAUGGAUGAUUCAUUUUGUGAGGACCUGUAAAACAUGGUGUACUCUGUCACUAUUUCUGGGAAGAAGUGGGGAAAUUGCUGUUUUAUUUUAGGAAAAUCUAAUACUAAACUCUUAAAAGCUGUCCAGGAUUUGAUUUUGUUCCUACUAAUGCUGAGAAAUCUGUUGUCAGUUUUUGUGUUUUCUGGUUUGGAGAAUCUAGGGGGUUUUUGAAAAGCAGGUACUUUUUUUGUUUCAGCUGGGCAUUCCCAUCCUAACAAGCUGAUGGAACAACACAGCUACUGAUCACCCAACAGAUUUGAUUUCUGGAUAGCUGAAUAAGCUACUCUUGGCAGUAGUAAAAUGCACUUUGUUCAGAUUCCGUUCCUCACCAGGCAUGGAUUCAGCUCAGUUAUCAAUUUAUCUGAUACCUGUUUCACAGUGUGAAAGUCUUCAAUGAGUGACAAGGUUCUUUCAAUCUUCUACCUUCUGCUGCUAGAAAACAUCCUUUCAAGGAUAAAUCUCUGUUCACAGAUUUCGGAGAGACACUUCUCUUGAGAGCAGAGAUUGCAGGAGAGGAGUGUCAUUUUUUCCCCAACCGUACUUACGGUCAACUGACUUGCACGUACCUAACCUUUCUGCUUUAAGUCUAUUGUUUAUAUCUUGCUUUCCUCCUCCUGCAAUUCCUUAUGUGUAUGUAUAUAUUUAUAUACAUAUACACAUGCAAAUAUACGUAGUUCCCUCCAUUCCACCCUCAUGCAUUUAAAUGCACGUUUUUUGGAAAUGAACUGAAUGGCAUCACUGAAUCUCAUCUGACUAUCUAAAAACAUGUAGGCAGUUUAUUGCGUUCUCGGUAACCUCAGGAGUGAGUGGAAUUUUUCCUUACUUGUACAAAAGGUUUUCAAAAGCCUUGAUUUGUUGUAUCAUAAAGAUGACCAUGCAGUUGGUGGAGUUAUGUAGAGAGGUGCAAUAUAUUGCCUUUCAGCAGACAAGCAUAUCUUGUUGAUUGAGAUUCUUUCAAUUUCAGGUACAUUUUUUUUCCCUCCUCAUUAAUGGACCAGCAACAUAUAUUUCUUUUAAGAACUUAGAAAUAUAUAUAUAUAUAUAUUUUUAAAAUUGAUUUCUUGGUUUUAAUGUCAGCCUUUGAGCUUUCUAAAGGGUAUUUGAAUGAUAAACAUUGUGUGUGGAUUUUUAAAGAAGUUGAUGCAUGUUGUUUGGAACUGAAAUCCUAUGUAAAGCAAGAAGGUAUUUAAAAAAUAAAUAAAUACUACUUUUAGCCCUAUGGGCCCAAUCUGAUGGUUGUGAUGCAGGAAAAAGUUCUUUUAAAUACUAAGGCAGUCUUUUCUGAGCAAGGUCAAAAUCCUGUCCAGGUGAUAGGAGAGGCAGGAGGUGGUGGUCUUGCAAAAGCUGAGCUGGAAGUGCUGUGACCAGAGAGGCUCUUCUCCAGCAUUGCGUGUAGAUGAUUGGGCAGUCUCUGCACAACAUACUAAAACCAGACAGUGUUGGUGGGUUUGUACAUGCCACUUCUCACAGGAUGAACUGGCUGCUGAGAGUAAUUAAAGACGUCCCUGGAAACCUGUCUUAGCUGCCCUUGGUCUGCACGCUGCCCACAACCUUCUCGCUCUUCUUGCUCUGUGGUCUCCAUGACACCAUGGGGGAACAGCGGCAGCUUGGCUAGAGUUCCCUGUGGAAUGCAGAACAUUGUUAGCUCCCAACUAAGGUAGUUUAGGGAUAAGGGUGAUUAAAACACCACAGCUAUCUAGUGCAGCCACUCAGAGGCUCAAGCCUUCAAGACAGAUCAGCUUACAUCGUUGAUAAUGGCAGUUUACAUGCAGGAGACCUAAUCCCGCUUCCCUUGAUGUCCGUGGAAGACUUUUAGGACAUGGGAUCAUCGGAACCAGUCUCAAAUGCCUAAACUGCACUUCACAGUGUUGGCUGGCACAAAGUGGUGACCUGGGGCCUGAUCCAACAUUGAUGGAAAUGAACUGGAAUCUGCAUUGUUUCCAGCGAGCUUUGGCUCAGAACGCGUACCUAUAUACAACCAAUACUGGUAGCAGUUGAGGUUUAUAGUAAUGUAGUAAAGUAACUGCAGAACUAUGCUGCACUUUCCCUGCUAGGUGUUUGAAGCUGUUGUUUAAAACCGUCAGUCAAAAUCAGGGUCCCUUUCCUCUCCCACUUGCCUUCAAACCCCAGUUCCCUCAAAACUCCAUUGAACUUUUUUGUCCCUCUCAUCAAAACUGAUGGGGAACUUUGUAUAAAGAAAAGUGUCACUGUUUUAAUUACUGAAUAAAUAAUUUAAUGUGAAUUUUAUUGUUAUAUUUUUAUGUAGCAUUUUUGGUUUGGUCUAUAUUUCUCAACAAUUAGCUAAUGCUUUUGUUUUAUUCUUAUGCAACUGAAGAACUCAUAAAUCUCUUUGUAAAUUA